AUGUCCGGUCGACAGGGAGGAAAGCUCAAGCCGCUCAAGCAGCCAAAAAAGAAGGAUGCCGAACUCGAUGACACUGACUUGGCCUUCAAGAAGAAACAAGCCGAAGAUGCCAAAAAGAACAAGGCUGCUGCCGAAGCUUUGAAGAAGGGCAAGAAGUAA